AUGGCUGCCACACUGUGGCGGCUACCCAACGCUCUGGCACCCGUAAAACGGCCAGGACAAAUAUUUGAGCUGAGCAACAAAAAAAAGAAAGUUGGAAAAUUUACGAGGUGUGAAAGCUGUCAGGGACCACACGAGAAGCGCUUACUCAAUCACCUGCUGUCCACGUACAACACACUGGAGCGACCCGUUGCCAACGAAUCGGAGCCCCUGGAGGUUAAAUUUGGACUGACGCUGCAGCAAAUCAUCGAUGUGGACGAGAAAAAUCAACUACUUAUAACGAAUCUUUGGCUUUCGUUGGAAUGGAACGAUUAUAAUUUGCGCUGGAAUGAAACGGAAUAUGGCGGCGUCAAGGAUUUGCGAAUUACGCCCAAUAAACUGUGGAAGCCCGAUGUGCUCAUGUACAAUAGCGCGGAUGAGGGAUUCGAUGGCACGUAUCACACCAACAUUGUGGUCAAACAUAACGGCAGUUGUCUGUACGUGCCCCCUGGUAUCUUCAAGAGCACAUGCAAGAUAGACAUCACGUGGUUCCCAUUUGAUGACCAACAUUGCGAAAUGAAAUUCGGUAGUUGGACUUACGAUGGAAAUCAGUUGGAUUUGGUUUUGAAUUCCGAAGAUGGAGGGGAUCUUUCCGAUUUCAUAACAAAUGGCGAGUGGUACUUGCUUGCCAUGCCCGGAAAGAAGAAUACUAUAGUCUACCAGUGCUGCCCAGAACCAUAUGUCGAUAUCACCUUUACUAUACAAAUACGCCGACGUACUUUAUAUUAUUUUUUCAAUUUAAUUGUGCCAUGCGUGCUAAUAUCAUCGAUGGCCCUGCUGGGCUUUACAUUGCCCCCGGAUUCGGGCGAGAAACUGACGCUGGGAGUUACAAUUCUUCUAUCGCUCACAGUGUUUCUCAACCUUGUAGCUGAGACAUUGCCCCAAGUAUCUGAUGCAAUCCCCUUGUUAGGUGUUACAAUUCUGCUGUCGCAAACAGUUUUCUCUUUAUUGGUCGGCAAUGUCAUAACAAAGACGAGCGAGGCCGUACCGCUGCUAGGUACAUAUUUCAACUGUAUCAUGUUCAUGGUUGCGUCGUCUGUGGUGCUUACGGUUGUGGUGCUCAACUAUCAUCAUCGCACAGCGGAUAUACACGAGAUGCCACCGUGGAUCAAAUCCGUUUUCCUACAAUGGCUGCCCUGGAUAUUGCGCAUGGGUCGGCCUGGUCGAAAGAUCACGCGCAAGUCAAUAUUAUUAAGCAAUCGCAUGAAAGAGCUGGAGCUGAAGGAACGUUCUUCCAAAUCCUUACUAGCCAAUGUUCUUGAUAUCGAUGACGAUUUUCGUCAUACAAUAUCAGGCUCUCAAACCGCCAUCGGUUCGUCGGCCAGCUUUGGCCGACCCACAACGGUGGAGGAGCAUCACACUGCAAUAGGUUGCAAUCACAAGGAUUUACACUUAAUUCUCAAAGAAUUGCAAUUCAUAACGUCACGCAUGCGCAAAGCUGACGAUGAAGCGGAAUUGAUAAGCGAUUGGAAAUUCGCUGCAAUGGUUGUGGAUAGAUUUUGUUUAAUUGUUUUUACGCUCUUUACGAUUAUUGCAACGGUAACCGUGCUGCUCUCAGCUCCUCACAUAAUCGUGCAAUAAGGCCGCUCAAUUUAGACACGUUAAGCUACACACACACACACGCAUACACACCGGUACACAUAUACACAUAUACGACCCAUGCUGUAUAUGUGAGGAUGCCUAGUUAAGUUCUUUUUCAAAACAACAACUAGAGAAGCUGCUUUGCAAAAAAGCAAAAAAAAUAAAUUGAAAAAAUUGUUAAUUACAUUUUUAAGUCAAAGUAUAAGAAACGCAAGCGAGAAAAUGCUAGAAAAGCAAAAGACACACUCAAGAAAAUUUCGCAUAUGAAAUGUAAAAUUAAAUAACACAAUUCGUGUGUGUACUAAACAAAUAUUUUAUGAAAACAAAAA